AUGGACCCUUCACACUGCUCCAUUGUCGUACUUGACCACUCGAAUACUCGGCCUUAUCGUAUACAACUCUAUGACGACGACGACGAAGACAAUGACAAUAGCCCCGAAUAUAUCUCUAUACUUGAAAAAGUCUUUGGUCAAGUAUCAGUACACACAAGCCCUGCAGAUGCAUUACAGCAUAUUCAAAAGCAACAACAACAACCGACCAUUUGCUUGAUCGACUUCUCCAAUGACACCACAACGGACGAUGCAACCGCGUUGAUCAUGCAAAUGAUUACCCCAAAUAUCUCGGUCGCUGUAUGCUCGACGAUCGAGGAUUUCGAUUUCAUGUUCGGUUGUAUCAACGCAGGUGCUUCGGAAUAUCUCAUCAAGCCCCUGCGUGCUGAUGUAAUAAGGACAUUGCCUUUGAAAUUACACCGACAUCAGCCAACCGCAUUGUUACAUCAUCGCUUGACAGAUACCACUACCAAAGAUUCCAUACUUUCGAAAACCAUGAUGGAGAUCUAUGCACCUUCUGUAUCACGUCAGGUGACCCAUAUAUCCGAUCAUCGUGCAGCCUUUUUACGACACAAGAUUGAGAAUUGGGAUUUCUGUCCUUUUGAUGUGGAUCAUGAUGAUUUAAUCCAUUGCUCCUAUUUGAUCUUUGAACGCGUAUUGAAUCUACCAGAAAUGGCUCAUAUUUCCAUAUCCAAAGAUCAAUUGUACAAUUUCAUUGUCGAGCUUUCGGUCUCGUAUCACAAUGGCAAUCCAUAUCACAACUUUGCACAUGCGGUGGACGUUUUGCAAUGCUGCUACUAUUUUCUCGGCCAAUUGGGUCUUGUUCCUUUUCCAAACCAAGUGACUCGGCCACAGGAUUUGUUACGACCCAACGAUGUCUUUGCUCUCUUGAUUGCAGCAUUGGGCCAUGACGCUGCUCAUCCGGGUGUCAAUAACAUGUUCAUGGUGAACUCCGCUACCCCAUUGGCAUUAUUAUACAACGAUCGUUCUGUACUCGAGAGCUUCCACUCCAUGACACUAUUCCAGAUCUUGAAAAAGCAUGGUAUCGAUCAAUGUUUGAAAUCAGCAAGUGAAUAUCAAGAUUUUCGAAAGACGGUGGUAGCGACCAUCCUUGCAACCGACAUGUCAUUGCAUAAUGAUUACGUAAGCAGGAUCAAGGAGCAGGCCAUUCGAUUGAAAGAUGUCAGGUCGUUGGAUCCUGCAGCACAAGAAGAAGAGCGGAUACUACUAUGCAGUGCCUUGAUCAAAUGUGCUGAUAUUAGUAAUGUGACACGGCCUUUUCGUCGAGCUAUCAAAUGGGCUGAAUUACUGGCUCAAGAAUUUGCAUGUCAAGGCGAUUUGGAACGACAACUAGGAAUGCCCGUACAACCAAUGAAUGAUCGUGACAAGAUGGUGUUAGAGGAUAUGCAGAUUGGAUUUAUACGUUUUGUGGCAAUGAAUUUGUUCCAGAGUGUUGCCGAUGUUACACAUGAAAUAUCGUUCACUGUCGAGACAAUGGAAGAAAAUUUGAAAAGGUGGGAAGAUAGGAAACACAAUCAGCAGCAACAAGAAGUAGUCGAAGAAAAGGAUAGCAUCAUGGCUGAAGCGACAGCAGUGCCUGAAGAAAAACGAGAGCCAGAGUGUCGGCAUUCCAUGGACAAGAGCCAAAUCCUAAAGGGACUACCACAAAUGCCAGCUGUAGCCAUGUCAAGUUAUGGCAAUCCAUCCAAUACCACCGAUUCCCAUAGUGCAACUCCCGAUUGGGGUCCUCAAAACGGGCCACAGGAUGUUGUUUAUUGUCAAUGCACUAUCAUGUAG